AUGAAAAAUUUAAAAGAAUGUUUAUCUUCUGAAGGAGGUUAUAAAAACACAAAACGAUUUAAGGAAAAUAUUUAAGAUGAGUAAAUUGAUUUAGUAUAAUAUUAGGGAUACUUUGAACUAUGUUAUUGAGACCUUGGAGGACAUUUUUCAAAGCCCCAAAUCACAACCAAUAUCAUUGGUGCUUGCUAUGAGAGUAUGUCUGUUGGUAUGUUUAGCUGAGCAGUUGACAAAAGAACUUAUGGAUCUUCAUUAUGAUUGUGUUGUACACUCUAUAUCCAAAAAUAUUGUUUAUAUGAUUGAGGAUAUUAUCAUGGCAGAUUUAAAGAAAAACGAGAGAGGCAAAUUUUAUUUUAGUGAUUAACCAAGUAUAAACUAAUAAUUACAUAGAUUAAUCUCUUAUAUUACUUGGAAAUACAUUGAUACGUUUAUCACUUGAAAGCAUUUUCGUAUGGAACUUAUGGCACCCCAAUAAUUUAGCGAUUACUUAAGUGUAAUUAAAUAUGUUAAAAUUUUAGUUAUUAACGAUUAAUAGAUAAAGGUGUUUAGUUUCCAAAAUUACAUUAUUUUAAUGCUUAGAAAGUGAAAGAAUACUAUUUAACUGUGAAAGAGAGCUCAAAGAAUGGAAGUUUAUAUCGUUAACAAUCAUUAAUGUUGAAUGAGUAAUAUUUUGAUUAACUCAAAAAUACUAUUGAGAAGAAUCAGUACAAUAAUGUCAAACUACAUGAAAUCAAUGAAGAGUUAAAAUGUAAUUAAAUUUAAGAAAAUCUAGAAAUCAAAUAUGUUAAUGAAAAUUAAAAAUAAUUUAUUGAGAACUUUAAUAAGGCUUAUAAAGAUUAUCUUGUAAAUAAUAAAUUAGAUGAAUUCAAUAAUUAAAUAUAAUCGAUGUAUGCUUAUUAUUAAAUUAAGUUGCUUAGAAUAUGAUGAAUUAUCAAGCCAAAAGAAGCAGAGUAAGAUACUAAUCAAUUAUUUUUAGAUAGUGCAAUUUAAUUCUGUACAUACUCUACUGAUAAAUAAAGUAAUUAAUUUUCAAGAAGUAUUAGUGUAAAAAAACAUAUAUCAAUUUUAGUCUUAAAAUUCUUAAAGUAAAAAUGAAAGCAGUAAUAAAUAAUAAUCUAUUGAGCAAUUAUUACAUGAAAAUGAAUUAAUAUAGGCAUAAAUUCAAAGUUUUGAAAUUCCAAAAACAAAUUGUCAUUUUAAGAAUACAAAUAUAUGA